UUUUGGGAGUGGUAAGAAAGUCAAUCUGCGCUUCCCCGCCCGCCCAGCUACACUAGAAAGUUUAUGAGCGUUUACACGACUGACUGCUCCCUUUGCACUCGUGGAUUAUACCCGCAAUUUAAAAGGGACAAUCACCAUUGAUAUCUGACCUUUAACCUAUCAAGGCUGGAUUUGUGUGCUCACCCCUCUGGAGCGGAACCACUGCCACCACAGUCACUGCCGUGCUGCCAUUGGACGAGGACGCUGCUCUCGCUGCCCGAGCACCUAGACACCGGCAAGUUCUUCAUUGAGGCUCCCACAGAUAUCUGACUUAGAGAUGGAUAGCAGCAACAUGUCACUUUUACCUCUGCUUCUACUCUGCCUUGCCAUCACCACUUCAGGUUUGCCCCUUGUCUCUCUCCCAGCAUCCCAGCAGACGUGUGAGCCAGUGAAGGUUCCUGACAACCAGAAUGCCUGGAUCAGGGUGAGGGAGAUGCCAACAGGCUGCUGGACCAGCUACACCACUAAGGAUAGUAAAGAGGUGCACAUCCUCAGCCUGCACUUCCUUCCUGGGGCUUCCACCAUGUUUGAACUAAACAUGACCACUGCCAAGCCAAUGCACCUCAUCAUCACCACAGACUCAGAGCAGGUCAUAUACUUUCUGACCAAUGCUAACGUGGAUGUCAGCUUAUACGUGGCCAACAACUCCAAUAUAAUGUUUUAUGGUUCAAAAGGCAACAUCCAUAGAAAAGCGCUGCCCACAGACAACGAAGAUCUAGUGAGGUGGGCCACCGAGGAGUUUGGUGGGGUGACGUCUUUCACCACCGUCCAGAACCCAACGAGCAUCGCUUCCACAGGGAGAGAGGGAACAAGACUCCUUCCAACUGGCUCCAACAACUGUACACUUGAAAAUGAAUGGCACUCACUCAAGCACUAUCUGACAUUCAAAUCAAACAUACCUUCAUCGAUCAAGUCCUGCUCGAACCAGCCUCUCAACAGUCACACUGAGAAAGAACUAUAUAUCGUUAACAUCCCUGAGGAUGUCAGCAUUCGCUAUGUCUCUGUGCACGUCAUCAGUGAGAGGCAGAUCAGUCUGUUCCUAAGAGGUCCUCAGGGUACCACGUGGAGCAUCCAUGACCCACAACACACCAGCUUCUUUUCUAACAACGUGAUCAUGCUUGCUGCCACCAACAUGAUGCAUACGAUCCCUCCCACGGUCACCAUCACCACAGACAGUGCCGAUGCUGUACAGAAGAAGGCCUUGGACCAUUUCAAAGCAAGCACCAUCACAAGCUACUCUGAGAUCCGAACCGAGGGCACCAUGGUCACACUGGUCCUGGGGAAUAAGGACCACACACCAGUCACAGAGACUGCACCCACCGAGACCACCCCAUCGCCCGCUAGCCCCCCUCAGAUGCCUCUGAUCAUGCAGCUGUACACCUCUAAAGACUACCGCUCCCCCCUGGACCUCAACGCCAAGGUGCAGAGCGACAAGAGGAUCUACGCAGAGAUCUCAGGGAGGAUGCUGGGGGAGAUUGUGCUGACCAUCGAGGUGAUCAACUGCUCGGUGCGCUCCAAGGGCUCAUGCCCGGUAGUCAGAGACAUGCCCUUCAGGUCAGAGAUGUGCUCCUCCACCAUGUGCCCCAACAGUACCAGGGUUAGCUUCUCCCUAGAGCUGCUCCAUGACCUGGCGUCCACUAGCUGGGACCUGGAGUGCUCCGUCAAACUCUGCUUCAGUGAGAAAUGUGGAGAUGGAGGAAGAGUGAAGAGGAAUUUGGAGGUCACCCAGACAUACAUCCCACCACCAACUGUGUGUAUUGACUUUGGUCUGUCAGCCGUGCUGGGCAUUGCUUUUGGAGGCUUCCUGAUCGGAGUUCUGCUUAUUGGAGCUCUGUGGUUCAUCAAGAUCCGCACAGGAUACCCCACCGGACUGGAUGUCGGGUCGACUGCAGUAAACCUCUCAGGAUGUCCUUGCUCUCUGACCAGCAAACGGCAACCCGUUUCUACGAACCCCUCCCCCUCUGAGAACAGUAGUGCUAAUGCCAGCAUUGGCAGCACUCAGAGCACGCCAACCAGCAGCAUGGCAUGAGAUCAUCAUCACCACCGUCUCCCCUUUCCGACACCCCGAGGGGCCUUGUGCUAUUUGGUCGCUCUUUCACCAUGCUUAACAAAGCAUUACCCCCCUCUCUUUAGUCACACCACAAACACGCACCCGCUCUCACCCGUAACCCCACCUGAAAGUGGUGAGGUCGGGGGCGGGAAGGGGUGGGAGGAGCAGGAAUGGGAGGGUGGGGGGCGACUCUAGUCUAGUCCAGGCACCUAACAUUCACCUCUCUAGCCUCCCAGCAAAAGUUCCAGACGGAAAGUCAGCGAGGGUGAAAAAAAAAGACCCCGGCUCCCAGCAACAGGAAAAACAAAGCAUAUCCCCUAAGAACUAACAGGAAAUUCAUUGCAUUCUUCUCAAUAAAUUGUGCCUCUGAUGGCGGCACAAUAAGAGUCAGUCAGUGAAAAAAAAGAGACAAAAGAUUGACUUUUAAAAACAUUAUUAGAGAAACUGUUUUUGUCUCUCGAUAUCCACAGUUGUUAUGAUUGGAAAUGUCAGGGCCCCUUAUUGUAGGCAAUUUAGAGAUAGAUUCUGGACUGACACCUGUUCUAUCACAUUGACUGUAGUUUUAAUUAAAAUUAUAUUACUGUAUAUGGGUGGCUGGAAGACACCUUGUCAGAUUUGAAGAUUUCAGACAGAUCAACAAAGCUAAAAUAUCCAAUGUUCUCCUCCAAUACCAAGGGGUAUCUGUCUUUAUAUGAGUCAGGAAAGAUUGGGAAAAGGCUACCUCUUAAUUUAUGUAGAUGUCGGAUUGUUAAGCACAAGCAUGAGAAUGGGUUAUUCUGGUGAGCUAGUCAGAUACCUUAUUUUUUUGUUUCUCUCUUUCAUUCCGUUUCACUUGAGUUACAAUGCAUUCGGGAAGUUCAGACCCCUUCCCUUUUUCCACAUUUCGUUACAUUACAGCCUUAUUCUAAAAUUGAUACAAAUAUUUUUAAAACUCAUCAAUCUACAAACAAUACCACAUAAUGACAAAGUGAAAACAGGUUUUUGCUCAUUUAAAACAAAAUUAUUUACUUAUUUACAUAAGUAUUCAGACCCUUUGCUAUGCGAUUCUAAAUUCAGCUCAGGUGCAUCCUUUUUCCAUUUAUCAUCCUUUUCUACAACUUGAUUGGAGUCCACCUGUGGUAAAUUAAAUUGAGUGGACAUGAUUUGGAAAGGCACACACCUGUCUAUAUAAGGUCCCACAGUUGACUGUGCAUGUCAGAGAAAAAACGAAGCCAACAGGUCAAAGGAAUUCUUCUUGGCGCUCCGAGACAGUGUUGUGUCAAGGCACAGGUCUGGGGAAGGGUACCAAAACAUUUCUGCAGCAUUGAAGGUCCCCACGAACACAGUGGCCUCCAUCAUUCUUCAAUGGAAGAAGUUUGGAACCACCAAGACUCUUCCUAA